AAUAACAAACAAAAUGGCUGCAUCGCCUUCUCUAUCAGAAGGAGAGUUCCACCGUAUGCAGGUAUAUUUUUAAAUCCAUACUUAAUAAAUUAAAUAAGUGUACAUUUUACAAAUUUAACAAAUUAUUGUAUACAUUAAUUUCAAAACACACAAAUACAAAUCAAAAUUAACUGAAGAGAAAUAUGCUGAUAUGCCCUAGCCCUAUUUCUUUCGAGCUUCUGUUACUUUUUUCUAUUAUUAUUAUUUUUAUUAUUGUCAAUAAUUGUACAAACCACAUUCACACUAAUUUAGGUACUUAAAUACAAUUAUAAAAAAAAAAAUUGAAAUAAUUUUUGUAAUAAUAAAGUUAGUUAGAGCAAAUUUCAACCAAAAAAAAAUGAAACCAGAAUCAACUUUUUAGCUUAACUUAAGACCUUAAGUCAAGUACUUUUCGAGCUACUAAUUUUUAAAGUGUGAGUUCGUUUGGUAUUUUUUACUAUGAUUGGACGAAACCUCCACAUCUUAUAGACAUCAAUGACUAUAUACUUUAUAUAAGGCAGCGCAUCCCCUAUUACUAAAAUACUGUUUAGAGUCGACUUAGUUUAAACUUUCAACUUUGACUUUGGCACAUGAAUAAUUAAUUAAAGCUUUCCCUGACCAAUAUAGUUUAAUAGUUUUUGCACACGGCAAACUCUUAUGAAUGAAACUCUGAGGUAGUACCACGAUGCAGCCAUUAUGCAAGUAGCUAUGAAUGGUUGCCAAUGACAACAUGUUGCACACUGUAAAUACUGAUCAUUUAUAAUAUGGAUUCUACCGGAAUUUUUAAACCUCAAAUUAAAACAUUUCAGUUUAAAUGUCUUCAAUAUGCAUUCUGAAACACAAGUUAUUAAAUAUUUUGAUGUAAAUAGUGGUAAUAAUUUAAAAAGGGGGCGUGGUCCACACAUGUCGAAAUUAGACUGAGCGAACUGCAUGACCUGCUGCGAACCUGUAGAAACAUGGCUUCUCUCAUAAAACACAUAUGGCUGUGAAAAUUGGCAUUCAUGUAGAUCAAUACAUGCCCCAGAUGCAUAAAAAAUUUGGUAGUGACAUGUCUUUUACUUCAACUUAAUUUUAAUGGUUGAAGUUGCUUUAUAUUCACCAAGGAUUUUCUCAAAGCUGACUGAUUGUAAACGAAAAAGAAAUUGAUUAAAACGUAGGCCAAGAUGUCCUCUAAAGAGAAAGGCUGGAAGAGGAACACAAGUCUGGGAUAUAGUAAUUAUUUUAUGAAUGAAAUAGUUCCACUAUCAAAAAAUUAAAAACUCAGAUUUUCGCGUGCCGACGCCUAUUUCCCAUAAAAAUUUUUUAGUAGGCUCCCUUGCUUCAUCGAAGUACCUACAUUGAUUUCAAACAAAACACACAAGUACUAAUCAAAAUUAAAUGAAGAAAAAUUUUAAAUAUGCGAUAUGCCCUAUUUCUUUCGAGCUUCUUUCACUUUUUUUAGUAGUUGUAGACAACUAGAACUUUUAGUUUUUAGUACUUUUGAUAAAUAUUUGCACAAUUUACAAGUUUAAAAAAUAAAAGUUGGGACAACUAUUAUAAGUUAAAAGGACGUUGGAUAAAUUCCGCUAAAUUAAGCUAAAUGACUUCUGCAUCAGACAAUACAAAACCAAUCCAGGAUGGGAAAACUAAAAUUGGCUCUCCCCAAACAAGAUGAAUAUAAAUGGCUUAAAACUUUAAACUUAAAUGAAAGGCAGUGUCUACACGUAUAUCUGCUGCACUAUUUGACCGCCGCAAGAAUACUUUAUCUAGAUAUUCGUCCAGCGACCAAGUCACAUGACCACUGUAACAAAGUGGCACGAGAUAUUUGUCCGUCAGCCUUGUCACGUGACCGCGAAUGAUUCAAAGCUAUUGUUAAUUUUAAAAUCUAUUUCUCUACCAAGUAAUUUGCUGAGUAUCUUGCAAACAAAAAAUAGAAAAAAUACUUGGGUAUAUUACCAAAACGAAGUGGGGGUUAAUCAAUAAUGCAUUCUGGAAGGAAGCAAUGCUGAGAGGGAGAGAGAAUUACGGUAAAAAAAAAUCUAAUGCUAAAAAAAUAAUUGUGAGGGUGAUAACUAAUAAAGUUUAAGGCCGGGAGGCCGAUAGUUCACAAAGAAAUAUACCCUAUAUCUUAAUAUAGGGCUGAUAUAGUGGUAGUCUAGCCUACUUCGCAUGCAAUACUAAAUCCUAAUCCUGAAAUACAACUUAAUUGACAUAGGUCUAUUGAAGUCUACUGGUCUUAUGUUAUUUUGUUCAUAUUUUAAAUUUAGGCUUCAAGGUAGAGCUUUAAAAGAUGUAUUAACCAAGACAAUGGAUUUUUUCUUUGAAGAGUCGGAAUCAAAUAGACUAGUAAUAGUAGUAGAAAUAGUACUACUAGUUAGAAUAUAGGCCAAUUAGUUUAAUAUUCAGUCAAACACUUUAUGUAUCUCAGAGCAUUUGAAUAUAUUAAAAUGUUCAGCAUUUAUUUAUUAUCUAGGGAUCGGAAUAUCAAAUGCAAUGCAACUAUUUUGCCGGUGACCACUUACCACAUGACCUGCCAGAAUAAUAACGCCUACUAGUCAUCCGGCGGUCACGUGACAUGCCUGCGGGACGUAUAUCUCACAUAGUUAAUGCGGUGCUCUAAAGUGUCUGCCCUGGAUUGUCUGAAUUUACCUCAGUAGCUUACAGUUUAGACCCGCCCUAGGUGCAAGUUACUGGCAUAGGAGUAAGAGGAUGGAGGAGCAGAAGACUGCACAGGGGUAGGGGGGGAAUUUUUGUUCCCUGCAUAUUGAUCAAAUAUAGGAUAUAUCGCAUGUGAAUACUGUGCAUAUUCUUGUGGGUUUUUAGAGUGAGAGGCAGCAAAAUCCAGAAGAGCCCUGGAUGCCAAAAAGUCUAGCUCUCUUGCAAUAUGUACACAUAUUUUUUCAUUGCUUACAUUAUCUACGGCCAUUGAAAAAACGUUAAAAAAGUAAUAUGUGACUAAUUGCUUAAUUGUUUAUAAAAAUGCGAUUAAAGAAUAUUAUUUAAUUUCAUAAUAUUUACUUACCCUGAACCUGCCAAAGAACUACAUACAAAUUGUAUCUAAUGCUACCUUGAUACCUAAUACUAGUUAGCUGAGUUUUAAAAAAUUCUCUGAUUUGCUCAUAUUUAGCUGCAAUUGAUUGAACUGAGGACAACAAAUUAUGAACUUGAGGGGAAAAAUAAAAGAAUUGAGAGAGGUAAGGUGAUAGGCUUUUAUUCUAUCUAGUAAAACCAUUUCUUUCUUUUUUUUAAUCAUAGUUAUUAUUGAAAGAAAGUGGUUAAGUCGUUUAAAAAAAGAACAGUUAUUAUCAUAAUAAUUCUAUUACAGUAUUUACAGUUCAGCACACACAAAAACCCAACAAAAGACCAGAAUAGUUCUUAUAUUAUUUCUUAUUCAUUUCAUUUAUAGGCAGAAAUAUGGCAAGUUUUUCAUGAUUGAAAAUUAACUCUUUACUCCCCAUACUAACAUAAAAAAAAAGGAAGAUUAUAUUUUGUGUGUAUAUAUAUUACUAGUUGGGGCAACACAACCAAGUUGUGCAUGUAAAAUACUGCCAGGUCAUUUACAGGACAAUUGAGUCAUAAUUGAUCAUCAAGAUGUCCUUUUAUAUGCAUUUGGUGUGUACAUUAUUAGGUGCAUGAUGGGAAAGCAGCAAAUGAGAGCAGGGCAGACAAGAAAGAUCCACUCAGGAAUUAUCACUAUACAUUUUUAUCAUGAUCUUUCGUUCCCACAGAUUUGUCAGAUGCCAAUGAAAAGUUAGAGAUACUAGAUAAAGAGCUUGGUAAAGCUAAACAGGUAACUGCUUUAAAAGACAUUACAAAUUAGGCAACAAUAUGAAACAUAGUCAUUAAUUAAAAGCAAAAUAAAAAUGUUAGAAAACGUUUAUUAUAAAUAAAAGUAUUAAUUUUAUAUUGCAGGCCAUCAAUAAAAGUAAGAAAGCUAAGGUAAGUUGCAUUUAGUUUAAAAAGACGCUGAAAAGAAUUUAUAAAUGACAAAAUAUUUAAUAUUUUAUCCAAGGUUAUAUGUUAAAAAAAUAUAUCAUUGCACAAUAUACUUCACAAAUUGUUAUAAUUUUAGAGAUAUUUAACAUUAGAUCCUAUCCUAAAUAUCUUAUCUUAUCUUAACUAUUCUAGGAUGUGGAGCUUCUUAUCCAGGAGUCAGAUUCCUUACAGAGGAAGCUGCUCAGCCAAGAGGAGGAGUUCAGACUUCAGAACCAGACUCUUAUGGAAGAGUUGAGCUUAGUAAGUUCCAGAAUUGCUCUAACUGAACUUUGUUAUAUGAAAGUUAAACUGUACUUUUUACCCUAAAUAGGGUAAAUAAAGUUAUUUUUUUAUCUUCUUUACAAUUCAUUUCAAGUACCUAAUGCAAAUUCUACUUGGUAUUUGAUGUAGUUUACAAUAACCCAUAGGAAGGGUGAAUGGUAUGUAAGCACAACAUAUGUGAAUCUUUUUUUCCAGUCAAGCUAUGCUACCUUAAACUACAGCAGCCAUGCUCCCCUAACAGUCUUUUGAGUUACUUGUAAAACUUGCAUUCCGGGUGACUAAAAUCUCAUUGAUAAACAAAAGCUACUUAAACUUGUACCGGGUAUAUAAAGAGAUCCAGAUCUCAGAUUUUCACAAUAGAGGCUAACAAUCUAAAAAAAUGCAGUCAGAGUUAAAUAAACCUUUCUGUCUUAAUGAAAACUUGGUUCAUGCAAUUUAAUUAUAAUUUGAAGAGGAAGAAAAAAAAUAAUACCCAUUUAUUGAUUUUAACUUUGAUCACAAUCUUCCUCUUUUUGUUUGUUGGAGACUAUGAAAUCAGUAUAAAUAACAAUAUAUGGAAGCUUGAAGUAUAAUAUAAAACUAUCAAUUUAUUUAAUUAAAGUAAUUUGAUACGCUAUAUUGUUUUGACAGUUGGUCUCUAACAAUGAAGAACUUAAGAAAGAAAUAGACAACUUGAAGUCUGGUGCCACGUUUGCACCUGAAGAAACUGUGCAAGGUGCAAGUGAUGAGCUCAUUAGACUUCAAGCUGAAAACUUGGCUCUUCAGAAGAAUCUAAAUGGUUAGUUUGGACUUACAAUGCAUCUGUAAUCUCUAGUAACAUAGAGCCUCAUUAUUGCACUACUUUAAAAUCAAAGAGGCCCCCAUGCCAAUUUUAUUUUGUCCAUAAACUCUGCAACACGAAUGGCCAGGUUGUUCAUUUCAACUGUUGUCCUUCAUUUGUAACUUGAUCUUCAAAUUUAUUUUUAUCUCAGUUGUCAUAGUAAUGAAGAAGUACAUCAAUCUUACAUUAACAAUUUUCUUUUAUUUUUUUUUUUUUUUUGGUAAUUGUAAAGAUCUUUAAUUUUUUCCUAAUUUAACUAAGAGACUCAUGGAAUUAUGUGCUUGUAACAAGUGUUACUUACCUAGACAACUUUUGGAAAGUAUUUAGACAUGGAAUAUCAAGAUGACAGCUUACAUUUUUUGCAAUGGAAUUAUAUUUUAGAUAUGAUUAAAGAUAAGUUGAUACUGGAUUGUAGUCUUUUGAAAUCAAAUAUUAGAUAAGACUCUCUGAAGCUGAUAAAAUAGAGGUGGAAAAGUGUGUUUACUCUUACAACUAUGUGUGUAUUCACUCCUGGCAUCGUCACUGACCUCUUAAAAAGAUUUGACAUCCCCUCCCUCAAAGACUCACGAGAAAAGCUCCGUUUAACAUUCCUCUAUAAAGUGGUCACGGGGCUAGUGCCGGCCAUCCCAGUUAACAUGUAUCUCCCCCACAGAAGCCAGGUCACUUAAUCAGAGCCAAACGCUCAAUAAACACUAACUUCACCUCUGACAACUCCAUGAGCAGUUACACCUGGAACAAUAGUAAAUGCUUCACUGUGCCUCGGUGUAACACAGUCCAAUAUAAACAAUCAUUCUUUCCACGAACAAUAAUUAUUUGGAACCAAAUGGACAAUGCUGCCGUGGACUCGACAUCAAUCGAGAGUUUCAAGGCUGCCCUGGCACCUACUAGGAGCCGUUUCCCAAACCGUUGCACUUAUGCCAGUAUAUGGAUGCAGCAACGUACCCUAUCAGAAUCAGAAAAGCUUAACUGUACAAUUUGAAUGGAAAAAAAAAUGUUAUAAGGUGACGAUCAAUGUAAGUUUAUUCUUAAAGACAACAUGACAAUUUAUGUAUUUCAUUGUACCCAAUUUCUAGCUUACUUGGUGGUGUAUUGAUUGUCAAACAAUAUCUAUGUAUUUUUGUAUGUAGCUCUACAAGAUAAAGUAGACAAAGAAAUACUAUCAAAAGAUGAAGGACAACAUCUUGAGUCAGACAGUUCUCAAACAAAUAAUUCUGCACACCCAGGGUAUGUAGCAUUUUUUAGUCCCUUUAUUUUUGUACAUUUUUUUGGGGGGCUUAUUAAUAUUGACUAGUAAUGGUGUCAUGUACUUUGACAAUUUGAAGGAAGGGGCCUAAUGCAAUCUUCACCCUAGUUCACAAGUGAAAGCUAUCUUGUCAUAAAUGUAAUUCCAUCAAGCUUAAUUCUUUUUUUUUUUUUUAAUAUCUCCAGCCAAUUGUUAAAAAAUUAUGUUAAAAUUGUUGUUACGUUCUACUUUCAUAAAAGAUUAAAAGUUUAAAUACUAACUAACUUUUAACAACUUUAAUAAAUUUAUGGUAAAUUAUAUGGCAGAAAUAUUUUAUGUAACUUUCUCUUUGGUCCAAAUCAUAUUUGCCCAUUAAUUAACAUCUUGUUACACAUUUUCCAUCAAACCUUUAAAAGUAAAUAAUACAAGCAUAAACUCUUCACAUGUCUACUAGGCAAAUGAACAUACAUUAAAUUGUGCUGUACAUUUUUGUGAUGUCAUCUAUAUUUCUUAAUAAGAGUCUAAUGUUGUUGAUUUUUUUAGAUAUGAUAACACUGAUGGGACUGAAGAUGGGGAAGGAUUAAGAAAACCAGGUUGGUUAUCAGAUUACGAUUAUAUAUUUUCACUGCCCCUUGUGAAUUAAACUCUUUUGAUCAGCAGCAUAUCUUCUUUGGGUGACUUAAACAGAACGUUUAUUAGUAUGAGUGUGUUUACUCAGUGCAGCACUUUUUGCCCUUAUAUAAGUCUUUAAACUAUGGGUGAAGCCUACAAUAGGGAUAUGGCAAAAUCAAUUAAUAUAAUUCUCAAUGUAUGAAAGAAAGUAAGGAGUAAUGGUUUGUUGAAUAGCUUGCAAAAUAAAAUUCCAGAUAGCUACAAUAAAAUGAGGAUUUUUAACAAUACUGCUAGUGCGUUUGGUGGGGAAUAUUUUCUUUUGUUUGUGACAAUAGUCUCAAUUUAAAGAUGAUGUAAAUAAAUCUACAGUGUAGAAGUGGGGUGGGACAAUUGAAUAUUAAUAUAGUUCAGGUGCAUGAAAAAAAUUGUGCAGUGGCGUCCCUGUGGUGGUGUGUGUGUAUGGGUUUUUUGUGUAUGGGGGGGGGGGUGUGUUAGCAUUAAUUGGCAUUCUAGAUUGCAUGUUUUGUCAGGUAACUUAAGUAUAUAGGAAUUUCAAGCAUUGUUUCUGCCAUUGUUUGACUGGUUAUAACUAGUAUUAAAAUUUUAAAAAAGUAGCUAUUUAUAUUUAUGCCAAACUUUAAGGUGUGCUGCCUAAUAUUAUGAGCAGGCAUAUACUUGAAACAAUACAGUCAGAUAGGUUGUGUGGUAAAUGUACUUUUGGCUGCAAGUCAUGACAUGCCAUAUUAAUCAAUAAAUGGGGUCAAACCUUCGUCCAUUCGUAGUGUUUUUAACAGCUAAUUUAUGCUACUCAUAAUAUUUUAAAGACAUUUUCAUUAGUCAAAAAAUAAAAUUUUUUCACUGGGUUUAUUUGCGUGGUUCUUUCUGCCGUCAUCACUUAAAAGUUUACUACGUUUUUGAUGUUCUGGAUUAAAUUUAACUGAAGCCAAUUAUCCAUCCCAUUCACAUUUUACUAUUCAUCUUAAGCUAUGUACAUUCACAUUGUUCUGUUCACCUUGAGCUAUGUGCAUUCACAUUGUUCUGUUCAUCUUGAGCUAUGAACAUUAUCAUUUUAAUGUUCAUCUUGAAGUAUGUAUUUUUUCCCCCUCUGUCUGCAGUUCAAAGCUCACCGCCCUCAGAUCAAGGAGAAGUCAUUAAAAGUUGGUUUUAUGUUUUACUAAUUAAUUUGUAUGCAUUUUUUGGCCAAGUGCAUGGUCAUCUUUUUUUAAAAAAAUGGUUAACAUUUUAAAAAAGAAAGAUAAUGAUGUAACCGUACUAUCCUUAUGAUACUAUUGUCAGAAGGGACUAAUAAGUGGAAACCUGUAGAAAUAUUGGAUCAUUGAUCUUAAACAUUAUUGUAUAAUUUGAAUUCUUCAAAUUUAUUGUUAAAUAUUUCAAUGGAAAAUACAGAACUGUGCCUUGAACUGGACACAGAACGAGAAGAAAAACAUCUACUUAAAACACAGCUGGACCAGAGAAAGGUAUCAAAGUAAAAUUGUGUAAACUGGUUGAGUUAAAAAUCUUUAUCCAUCUUAUUUUAUAAAAAAAAAAACACAUAGUUUUCAGACCAUGAAGCCUAAUGAAUAAAUAACAAUGUGUUGUAAUAUAAUCAUUUAAUUGGUGUCAGAGUUUUAUUCAUACUUUGUUUCGUUUGAAUCUUGCAGAAAGAAAGCCAAGAACAAAUAGCAGCUCUCCAAGAUGAAGUAGAAAAGGUGAGUUUUUAAAACCUUGUUUAGUGUUAUCGUGGGUUUGCUUUAACAGGUUAUGGAACCUGCAUUGUACUACUGGUUUUAAGAAAUAUCAUAGUAAUAUUGAGUUGCAGUGACAGCACAUAUAAAUAUGGUGUUUUAAAGAUUAGAUGGUUUGAUAACCCUAUGCAUUCUAGGUAAAAUAACCAGAAAACUUUCAUUCAAAAGGUUUUUUUUAGAUCAUAUGAAAAUCUUGCGAUGCGUCUUUAGACUUUCGCAUAAUACCAAUGUAUUUCUACACAUCAAUUGACAACAACUGCCUUGAAUAAUAAGUGUAUGAAAGAUGAAAUGAUUUACUAAAGAGUUUUGGAGCUUUACAAGUGCCGGAAAAUAAAUCUCAAAAGAAAUCCUUAACAUCUUGAUUGAUCAAAAUAUUUCUAAGGUCUGACCACAUAGGUCAAAUCGUUACGAUGACACAGGGCUUCCCAAAUACUGUGACUGUUUAAAAUGAAUUAUUCUAUCAACAUUAUUUGUGCCAGAAUGUUUUUGUUUUCUAGUUUAUGCAGACAAAAAGAAAAAGAAUAUAAUUAUCGUUUUAAAAAAAAAAAAAGCUGCCUUUCAGUGUUCUAAUUAGUGAAACCAGUUUUGUUUUUGCAUUGCAGGCAGCAGAUAAACUCAAGAAAAAGCAAGAGAGGUGAACAAAAGAGAUUUGCCUUUUUUAUUUUUAGUGCACUUACUUAACUUUUAGAGACAUGGUAGCAGUACAUGGUAGCAGUAUAUGGUAGCAGAUGGUAGAUGUGCGGGCUACCCAGUAUUAAAAAAAACUUGUUUUGUAUAGAAUUUUUACACAUUUCUUUAUGUCUUAACCUCAAUACUGUUACAUACUUAUGUUAAAGUUAAUCAAAAGAAUAGUUAUUUUAAAUAUAAUUACAGCACUUCAUUCUUUUCAAAAAAUUGCACUGGCAUGAAAAUAAUAAAUAUUGUUUUAAUUUAUUCAAGAUGUGUGAAAAGCGUCCAUGACGUUUACUCUGUUCUUUGUGUCAUGGUCUCAUCUUUAGAAUAUGAUCUGAGACCAUUUCAGAAGAAUCCUCCUCUAACUAAUAACAUUUCUUUUCAAUGUUUUUCAGCUAUUUGCAGCUUCAUGCUGAGAAGGAAACGCUGUUCAAAGAAACAAAGUACGCACCAGUAAUUACAAAUUAGUAGGAUUUAGUGGCAAGUUGUUUGUUGAAGAAAAAAUGAAUUAUGCAUUGAUCUUAAUUUUUUGAAAUUAUUUUCAAUGUUAAAGUGAGAAAAUUAGUUUUGACUUUCUUUGUAUAGUGCUAAACUGGAGGAGAGCCAGGCAGCAAGGGAUAGGGACCAGAAGUACUACAAGGAUCAAAUUGCUAAACUUCAGGUUGAGAUAGAGCGGGGGAAAAAGGUAAAGUUUGCAAGAAAUCAACAGAUUUUUUAUGUUUUUUUUUUUUGGUGUUUAUUUUUUUAUGGCUUACAGUGGUUUUCAGUCCAAGUUAUCAGGACCAGCUCUGUUCAAAAGUUGUUUUCCUGCAUGUGUCCUGUUUCUUUUGAUGACAGAUUUCCUCAUUAAAUUUCUUUGUCUUUAGGAAAUUGAGUCUCUGCAUGUUACAAAAGAUAAACAGAUUGAAGAACUCAAGCAUCAUUUAGCAAAUCUACAAACCCAGGUAAACACACUAUGUUGAUGCUUACAGAUCACAUAGGGCAUAUUUUGUAUGACAAGUAUAAUACCAGUACUAAAAAAAUAUUCAAACCAUUACUUCAUUGUACAAGCAUUGCAAAAAAAAAUAAUAAAAUCAUACAUAAUUGAAAAUGCAGUGUUUUUAUAUGGCCUGAAAUUAUCAAUUCAUAUUUUUGCUUAGGUUGACACAUCUGGAAUAGUAGCCAGUCAUCAGCUGCAAGAACAGAGCGGUAAAUAUUUGGCAGAAAUCACAGUUCUACGAGACAACCUGUCAAGAACAACGAAAGAUAGGGAUGAUCUCUAUGCACAACUCCAGGUAUAAUUAAUCAACUAAGGCAUAUUUAAAAAUGCAUCAGAAUAGCAAGAGCUUGAGAAAUAAAGUGUUUUACUGUACCUUAAAAUUGAGACACACCUGGUAGUGCACUUUACCUGAAUGACCUGAGGGUUCCAUUGAUUAGUGAUUUUAUUUUUCUGUGGUGAACCAUCUAUUUGUUGUACUCGUGCUAAUUUCAUUUUUGGCUUCAUUUCUAAGGAAAGCCGUCGAGUGGCAGAAGAUGCUGUCAGUCAAAUGCAGGCCGCUCUGGCAGAAAGAGAUACACAAAUAUUGUCAAUGCAGGAAGUCAGCAAGGUAUCUGCCUUUUAAUUUAUUCAUUCAUUUAACUCUUAACAUCACUAUCUGUCUGGCUUUCUCAAUAUGAUGAUGCAACCUCUUAAUUUCACUUCUGUGAAUGACUUGUGAGACCUAUUCAGGUAUGCAGACCUGGUUUUUCAACUAAUUUGGCGUUCAGUGAACUAUUUUGAGAUGUAUUUUACGCUGGGUUAAAAAAAUGUAUUGCUUUGGUUUCUACCAUUUACAUUUAAAAACAAAAAAGCAAAAAGCUUUUGUGUCAGGGGAUCAUCCAUCAAUUAUUACGCACUGAGAGGGUAAAGGGGAUGGAGUUGUCUUAGAAGUGUACAGGUGUGCAUAGAAAGGGGGAGGGGAGAUAUCAAAUAUUUUUUAAAGGCUAUGAAAUAACCCCACCACAUUUCAUAAUGAUCGUCAUAUUGUUGCUUUGUGUUUUCUCUAUGAACUUGCCUGAAACGGCAACAGUAAUAUUUAGCACAAUUCAGUUCAAUUAUGACAAAUUUAGGCAACAUUCACUUUUGUUUGCUUCGGUGCUGUAUGAUGUAAUUUUGUGACAUAAUUAUUUCAUUCUUUGGCUGAAUGGCUGCCAUUGCAAAAAUGGAGAAAACUGUGGAUUUAAACAUUUAUUUUAUGAAUUCUCAACUGUUCCGCUAAGCAGCGUUAGAUUUUAUAUAUUUAAUAAGAUCUUUUAAGCUGCAUUGAAAUCUAUUGUUAGAAGUCACUAAGCAGCUGUACAAUUUUACUACCCCAGUUUUGGUGUAGCACGUUUCUUUCCUUCCCCCAAUAAAAUUAUGAUAGUUAUUAGACUACAAUAUGUUAACGGAAAUUAAAAUCAAGCUCUUAGGCUUAAUGCAGGGAUGGCCAACCUGUAGCCCGCCACAUCACAUAUUGUGGCUCACAGGAUGUGUCACAAAUGAACUUAUUUCCUCAUUUAGUUGGCAAUUAUUUCCAUGUUUGGUCAUAAAUGCAUAGGUGGUGUAUAUAUAUACAUACAUUUUGUCACCAAUCCAUAUGUUACUGGUUUCUUUCAACAAAAUCUUUUAUACAUUCAUGCAUCACACUCACACCAUAUUGUAUGAAAGUCCUUUUCCAUUAGCAAUGUAAACUUUAAUCCAGAAACAUGUAUAUCUAUCAGGCUGUACAAUGAAUCAAAUGCAUUUUUAAUGCAGCUCACUAUCAGUAGAAGAAUAACUUAACAACCUUUCUCCACAAAGUUCUCUCAUCGACUGCUCAACGAAAUACUCAUAACAAAAGACAGACUCUAAACACAACAUUACAAUUACCAUGAGAUAAGUCACAAUACUUCACAAGCCCUAAAAGCGGGAAAAGCAUUCAUUAACUAAAAUGCCACACAAGAGCAUGUCUGGCACAAUAGAACUCAAUAUUAAAUUGGUGGGCAACAAUUACUAGUGCAUACCCAUACUUGUCACCCACCCCCACUUUUGCUCUUUUGACUUCGGUGGACGUCCUUGAUUUCUGCUCAUCCCACCCCAUCUUCUUCUAAGAAAGUGUGAAUUGAAGGGCGCCUUUUUUGUUGCACAAAAGCACUGUAUAUAAAUAUACAAAUGUCAGUCAUCUGCUUUGAGAUGUGACCUUUUUUAGACAAGCGAUGCGAACAGUCAUGGCACACAUUAUACUGUAUGUUUAUUUAUUAUUACCAUAUGGUAUUAUACAAUUUUGAGAGGUUAAAGUAAUAUUCUGAGAUUACUUUGUAUUAUUUUGGGCGUUCCUGUGUAACCUGGUCUGGGUAUGGCAGUUUCUGAUGAACUUCUCAAUUAAAUGUUUAAUGUUUUUCAGUGUUUCUGUCUGCCCUUCUUAAAGAAAUUUUCAGUAAUGUUUACAUUUUCCACCUCUUUGGUCUAACACUGUGUUGAACGUCCACUUGCUACUGGUGUUGACGCUGGUUGCCCUGAUAUCGUUUUUUUAAUUUGUUAUUUUUCAGUUUAGUUACUUUUUCAUUUAAAAAAAAAAAAAAAAAAGAUUAAAAAAUGUAAUAUCAUGUUAACAUGGAGAGGUGAUUGCCAGUACAGUUGUCAGGGCCAUAAAGAGCAAUCCUAAAUAGGUUUUUGUUUUUUUAAUUUGUUAUUUUUCAGUUUAGUUACUUUUUCAUUUAAAAAAAAAAAAAAAAAGAUUAAAAAAUGUAAUAUCAUGUUAACAUGGAGAGGUGAUUGCCAGUACAGUUGUCAGGGCCAUAAAGAGCAAUCCUAAAUAGGUUUUGUAUCAUGUUUGAAUCAAUGGAAUUGACAUGGCUGGCAAAAUGCCUAUUGCUUUUGUUCAGCUUAUGUAAAUUUUAUUUAAAUAGUCAACUUUAAUACAGCAAACAACAUGGAACCGUAAUAGAAUCCAAAUUAAUUUUUUAUAGGAUAGAGCUUCUGUUAUAAGCCCCUAAUUGCAAAUACGAUUCAUUUUUAAAAAAUCAUUUAAGGUUGCUGAAAAACGAAAGUCUCUGCUGGAUGAGCUUGCCAUCAAGUAUCAGAACGAGUAUGACUCACAUCGUCAAAAUCUGGCAGCAAUGGAAGCCAAGCAAGGUGCAGAGAAUGGCAAAUUGCAAAGUGAGAUUGAGGAAAAAUCUGUGAGUCCGCAAAAUUAAUUGAAUGGAGUUUGAGGAAACUUGAGACAGGCACCAGCAAAACCCUUGAUCUUGGUCUAGUUAAUGUAGAACCAGACACCUGUAGAUAUUGCUUCAAAGCCUGUUUUACUUUUCAAAUGCUACAGAUGUUAAUUAAAUUGUAUAUCUUUUUUCUGCUGCUUUAUGUUAAAGUCUUGAUCAAAUUGGUGGUGAAAGGUUUAAGCAUUUAUAAGGUUCUUGACUCCCUGACAAAGGUCAGAUAUGGCUUUGGAAUUUGGGCUCCUGUGAACCAACGGUGGGUAAUUUAGUGAGUUCAUGGUUCUCAAAAUAAGAUGUCAUGUAUCCGAACUGAAUAAAAACACAUUAUCUAAAUAUGUAAUAUUACCUUGAUGUUUGUAAAUCUACUUGUUAAAACAACAAACCUUUCUAAAAAAUUUACCCUGAACUGCCACGUGUAUUUAACACAUGUAUUUAAGAUACACAAGAUGUCUGUAUGUUGUUUUUUUUUUUUAGAGGAAGCUGAGUGAGCUGCACAGGCAGGUAGCUGUGGUGGAGGAAAUAAACAGGAAGAACCAUUCCUUAGAAGAUGCUAAAGGGUGGCUGGAAAGGAGACUCAGUGAGGUGGAGGUAUGUUAUCAUAGGAAGAAGACAUGAUCUUAUUAGAGGUUACCGGAAAUUUGAUCGAAAGAAAUUUCGUCGACGGUAAAUUGAUCGACGGUAAUUUGAUCGAACGGAAAUUUGGUCGAAUCUUUUUUUCCGUUUGCACGUUGAAAUUUUCGGCAAAUUUCUUUUUGAAUGCACUAUACUAUUUAGUAAAACAAAAUAAUUCGUUCAAAAAGAAAUUUGAUGCAAAAUUGUUACGUAAAAAUUGAAAAGAAGAUUCGACCAAAUUUCCGUUCGAUCAUAUUACCGUUGACCAAUUUACCAUCGACGAAAUUUCUUUCGAUCAAAUUUCCGGAUACGCUUAUUAGAAAGUGGCUCUGUAAAAUGGCGAAAGUUACCAAAAUAAUUUUUUGUGUGUUGUUUUUCAAAAUCUUAAAAUUGGCAAAGUUAAAGAGUGGAGGGAACAUCAAAUUGAACAAAUGAGUGCACUUUUAAAUCUUUUAAUAUGCCUUUUAUUUAAAGGCUUUAAAGAUUUACUGUUGUCCUUACUUGAAUUAAGUAUAAUUUUGUAGCUUUUUUUGUUCUAGUUUUUGUUUGUUAGAGAGCCUUGUGUACCUUUUACUUUUAGAUUCUGUCUUUGUGAGAUAGCUCUUGUACCUUUUAGAUUCUGUCUUUGUGAUAUAGCCUCUUGUACCUUUUAGAUUCUGUCUUUGUGAUAUAGCCUCUUGCACCUUAUAGGUUCUGUCUUUGUGAUAUAGCCUCUUGUACCUUAUAGAUUCUGUCUUUGGGAUAUAGGUUCUUGUACCUUUUAGAUUCUGUCUUUGUGAUAUAGCCUCUUGUACCUUUUAGAUUCUGUCUUUGUGAUAUAGCCUCUUGUACCUUAUAGAUUCUGUCUUUGUGAUAUAGCCUCUUGUACCUUAUAGAUUCUGUCUUUGGGAUAUAGGUUCUUGUACCUUAUAGAUUCUGUCAUUGUGAUAUAGCCUCUUGUAAUUUUUAGAUUCUGUCUUUGUGAUAUAGCCUCUUGUACCAUUUAGAUUCUGUCUUUGUGAUAUAGCCUCUUGUACUUUAUAGAUUCUGUUUUUGGGAUAUAGCCUCUUGUACCUUAUAGAUUCUGUCUUUGGGAUAUAGGAUCUUGUACCGUUAAGAUUCUGUCAUUGUGAAAUAGCCUCUUGUACUUUUUAGAUUCUGUCUUAGUCAAAAACUUUCACCAACUUAAGUUGAUUGUGAUAUCAUUUACCUUUUUAGUGUGUAUAUAUUUAUAACAGGAGCAGCUAUCAACAACCAUAACAUCCUUUGAUGAGGAGAAAGAGUCAUUGACUACACAGCAUGCAGCACAUACAGAGGAACUGAUCACAAGACACAGGGAAGCCAUGAAUACAUGCUUGGAGGAGAGAGGGAAGAUGGAAGAAGACUGGAGGCAAAGAGAGACUGUGCUGAAGGAGGAGCUGGAGGGGAUGAACAAUACAAUCAAUCAGUUAAAGCAGGUACACUCAGACAAUCAUUUCAAUCCAAGUUCAUACUCUGUGAUAUGCUACUGAAUAUACUCAAUUAUAGGUCAACAUUUUUUUAACCAAAAUUUUCGAUAGAAAUCUGGGGUGUGACCUAAUCACUCAUCACAUGGAUCUGAAUAAUGAAGUCCACAGCAGUGUAUCGGUAGACCAGGGACCUAUCAUGGGUCAGUUUUUUCAUGUAUAUUAAAGACUUCUUUGUUUGUGACGAUUGCAUUUCAGUUUUCAUAUUGUUAUGGAAACAUUUUUGUGACAUUUGUCCUUUCAAACAUGUAGCGCCCCAAUCUAAGGGUGCAAACUAUCUGUGAGUCAACUCAAAUGUCCAUUUUGACAAAAUCAAACUUAAGGUACGACCUAUAGGCUAGUAUAUACGAUAAGUAACACUAACAACCCCCCUCCCAAGCCAAACUACUCAGUUACGAAUUGAAGCUGCACCCCAAACAAUGGCUCCAUAAGUCUGGGGGGUGGAUAUCAUUAACUACCUUCUCACCCUCCCCAUCACUCCACCCCCUGGAAGAUAAGGUGUCACUCUAUAAGAGGGAUUAAUGUGGGGCCACUUAGAGACUCAAGUUUAUGACUGAAAUAUCACACUAGGUCAUGGCUCAGAAAGGCUGUUGAUUAUAUUGUACUUAUUUUGAGUUUUUAAAAAUAAUCUCAAUAUGUCUUGUCAUUUGAAAUUAGGAUAUCAGAGAUUCUGAGGAUGACAAAAAGUUGCAUGAAAAGAAAGGAAUCACUAUGGUAAGAUAACACAUUUUUUGUUCUAACUGUAUUUUACUAGUAGUGCAGGUUUAUCAAUUGUGUCCAUCCCAAAGGCUUCUUAAGUGCAUGCUCAUAUAAAAAAAUAUGGCAGAAAGCAUAAGAAAUUUUGGGUUUGCAUGUUGCACCAAUAAUGUUUUUUUCUUAUUCUGUCAGCUUCAAGAUAAAAAUUGAAUCCUCUGGGUAAUUUUUUGAUAUUUUAGUUCAUUUAAAUUAAUAAUUUUGACAUUUCUGGUGAAGUAAGAUUUUUUUUUGUUUUGUUUAAAUGUUGCUGUUCUAAUGUAAAGAAAUUUUGAUUUUUUUUUUUACAUUUCCGCUAAGAACUUUCUUUAUUUUGACUUGAAAUCAGCAUUUUCACUUUGUAGAUAAAAGAUUUAAAACGCCAACUUCACGCUGAGAGAAAAAGAGGGGAUAAACUUCAGGCAAAACUACAAGAAGUUUUAUCAGAAGACACCAGCAAAAGUAGGUUUAGCAAUACAUUUGUUUUGACUAUUUGCAUUAAAUAUAAAAAAGUUCUUUUGUGUGUUUUUGAUAAUAUGAUAGCAGUGUUUUAUUUUGAGUUGUUUAAAUACUGAUGAAUGAGUGGAUGUAAAUCAACAAAGUAAGCAGUUUUCAAUUGGUCAAUAUUUAUCCUUUGACUCAGAUAUGGAGGACCUUUUCAGAACGCCUGACAGUGACAUCCUAGAGACAAGGUAAGUACUUAGCCAUUUUUUUAAAAACACUGUUAGUUGGAAUGUUUAAAAAAACAAGGUGGGUUUAAGAUGACUUCUGAUCUCUAUUUGGUUUAAGAUGACUUCUGAUCUCUAUUUGGUUUAAGAUGACUUCUGAUCUCUAUUUGGUUUAAGAUGACUUCUAAUCUCUAUUUGAUUUAAGAUGACUUCUAAUCUCUAUUUGGUUUAAGAUGACUUCUAAUCUCUAUUUGGUUUAAGAUGACUUCUAAUCUCUAUUUGGUUUAAGAUGACUUCUAAUCUCUAUUUGGUUUAAGAUGACUUCUAGUCUCUAUUUGGUUUAAGAUGACUUCUAAUCUCUGUUUGUUUUAAGAUGACUUCUAAUCUCUAUUUGGUUUAAGAUGACUUCUAAUCUCUAUUUGGUUUAAGAUGACUUCUAAUCUCUAUUUGGUUUAAGAUGACUUCUAAUCUCUAUUUGAUAAGAUGUGUAUUUGCUGCCACUUUAAGAUAAUGGCAUCUUAGAUGAAGUCAUUUAAUCCUACUUGUCAAUGGGGGGGUCAUUUGCUUCUACUAUAGCAUACACAUCAUUUAUAGAAGCUGAAUGGACUUUUAAUGUAACAAAUACUUUGUAUUGUUUGUAGCUCACUUUCAUCCUGGGGGGCUGGUGCAAGUGGACUGGGCAAAGAUUCAGUAGCAAGUGGACCUCAGGUGAGAUGAGAAGCUUGAUGGAAUAAAAGCAAUUUUUUCUCAAUGAGUUUUUAUAAUGCUUUAUUUCUAAUGAGUUGCACUAUUCUUUUCUGUUACUGUUAGAAUAAAAUUAAAAAUAGAAAAUUAAUUUUUAGGGCUCUACAAUAAAUUCCCUUGCUUGUGCCUCCGCUGAAUACAUCAUAUCCGAGAAAUACUUUGCCAAAUGUCAAGAUUGAACAGCUAGAUUUGGAAUUUUUAAUGGACUGAUGCAUUGGACUCUUCUUAUAUCAUCAGUGAAUGUAAAACUUAAAGAUUGUUUUUUAAACACAAGGAAACAAUCUCAAACACAUUAUCAGAAAUGAAAAUGGAUGUGGAGGGAUAAUUCUGGUUUUAAAAAAUUUGGCAUCUGUGUUUUUCAAGAGAAACAAUGGUUUAGCUUUUGUUGGCAAUGGUGAAUCCACGAGGCUUGGGACGUACCGUACACCCUAAGUUAUUUCAAUUACACCGUAAAAAAUAUUUAUCUGAUUUAGAAAUGUGUAUUAAAGUAUUAAAUUCCUGGAAGUUGUACUAAAUAGAAAACGUCCACCCGGUAUAGCCCUAAAAAUUGUCCAUAAGUUUAGUAGAAUAAGCCAGAUUCUACCGUUGCAUGUGUUAAGAGUUGCCUGAUUCCUCAGUCACCCACAUCUGCCAACACCAGCCACCACAGUGAGACGAGUGUUGGGGACGAGUACAAUGAACUGCUAAAGAGAGUUGGUUUACUACAGCAGGAGAAAUGGUCUUUGGAGGAAAAGGUGAGCCAAAAACUGUUUCAUUCAGAGCUCAAAGCUACUCAAUUCAGUGCUAAACUUCUCAAAUCUAAGCUUAUUUUAAAAUCGCUAUAUUUUUGGAUGUUAUUUGGGAGAAUAAUAGUUUCAGAGUCAUCAUUUUUUAUGUUGUUAUGGUUUCAUUUAAAGAAAAGGUUAUUUAAACAAAAAAUGUUUUACAAAAAUAAUUAAUUGUUAUGAAAUUAUCUGAAAUAAAAUCAUUGGCAGCGAUGUAUGCAGAUGACCGAUGCAAUAAACAUAUAGUUACUAAAGGGAAAGGUACACUUACAAAAUUAAGGUCUCUUAAGGAAAAUCUCAGUUAUUAUAAAAAUGACCAGCUGCUGAAUGUAUUGCUCAUGAUUCCCCCCCAAAUAGAUCCGGGUCCCUAAAUUUUAUUCAUCAUAACCAAAAAGUACCAGACCAGUGACCUGUUUGCUUAAAAAUGCUGUUUCUGUCCAUCCCAUCCCAGGUCAGCCAUCUGGAGACCAGCAAUGCAUGCAUGGCUGAAGAUAUUCUGAGCAAGACGUCCAUCAUUGAGCACUACGUCAUGCAGAGUCGCACAGGUACAAUCAUUAUGAUCCUGAUAUAAGAUGUUGUUCUGUUAAAUUUUUUUAAAUGUUAAAAUGCCUACAGCUUCAAAAUUUUGCAUUCGCUGGAGACGACCAAUUUUUGUUAAUUUUACAGAAUUUUUCUGUCAGUAUUUUUAAACUUAAGAAAGUGAUGAAGAUUCAAAUUUUGGUGAUAUUGAUGAUUUGAAUUAUUUACUUUUUAAAAUGGCUGUCCAGGUCCAAGGGCCAGUAACUCUCAUGAUGACAAGCUGAGCCUGAAAAAAGUGAUGGACCUUGUCAACAAAAACAGUGAGCACACACAACACACGCAGGACAUGAACAAGAAGCUACAGAGCAUGUUGGAGGAGACACUGACUAAAAAUAUGCAUUUACAGCAGGUGAGCUCAAAAGUGCAUUGCUGUUGCUUAAAAAUAGAUUGCUAUCUUAAGCUUGCAAUUAGGACUGGGAAGUGAUCUGGGAAAUACCGAUGUUGGUAAAUGAUACUCUUUUUCAGAAGCAUGAAGCCCUAUGUUUGAAAAAUAGAGGGGACAUCUUCUAUAAUAAACCCCUCUCCUUAAUAUAACUCAUUAAAAGAAAGGUUGAGGGUUCUUUUUAAAACAAUACUUUAUAUUUACUUCGCUUUUGUUCAUGGGUGGCAAAAUCUUUGGACUGCUAAUUCACCCACUUCCCAUCAAUCUACCGAGCUGAAAUUUGGCACAUAGAUUCAUUGCGGAUGACAACAAAUUCUAUCAAUUUUCAGCCCCAACCCCAAAAAUCAGUUUUUCCUCUUUUUUUUUAAGGGGUAGAUGAAGGAUAUAUGGUGACACUGAUAACUGCGCUAAAUAAGAUUCUUUAAAAAAAAAUAUAUUGCAAGUGCAUUUGGUGUAUAAUAUUUUGUUUUUUUCUGCAAUAGUCGGUGAAAUAAAUUUGCAGUGUAACAGCAGAUGCGUCAUUAGAAUAUUAUUAUAGUUCAGGGGCAUGAAAAAAAUAUGAGGUGGGGUGGGUUUUUUUGUCCACAAAUUGGGAUUCUUAAAUGCUUGUAUGCAUCUUUUGUCAAUUUUUCAGCCCCCACAUUGUUCAAUAGUACAUUUUAUAAAGGCUUUAUACUUCAAAUUAUUUUUAGGGCUUUUAUGGGAAACAUGUUUUUUAUCUCUUUUGUUAUAAAAAAGCGUCAUGUUUUCAGGGAUAUAACUCUUUCUCUCCGGAAUUAUUUUCCUCGUUCUGACAAAUUAUUAAAUUUUGCAUAUUUGUUAGACACUACUAAGCUAUCUCUAAACCAUCAUAACUUUUUUGUUUUUCAUCAGAAAAUGUUAAGUUUGGUAUGGAAUAAAAGGGGAAUGUAUGCCCUAUACAAAAAAAAAAAAAAAAAAAAAAAAAACAAGAGAAAAAAAAAAAAAAAAAAAAAAUAAUUAUAAUUUAAGAAAAAUAAAAAAAAAAAAAAAAAAAUUUUUUUUUUUUUUUUUUUUUUUUUUUUUGUGACUUGUGUUUAAAGUUUAAUAUAUAAAUGUGAUUAUCAUUUAAGGACAAUAAAUAUAAAAAAAAAAAAACAACAACUCACCAACUGUUCACAAAACGCUCAUUCCAAGUCACAUGAAGAGAAAUAUACAAUCCAAAGUGUAAAAAAAAUGUGUUUUUUUUCUGAACUAUAUCCAUAUGUGCAUCACAAAUAAUAAAGGUCCUCUUAAAAAAAAGAAAAAAUUAAACACCAGAGCACAUUAUCCAUUGUCACCGUCACACAAAAAAAUUUGCUAAAAAAAUUUAACUAUUGCCACUGGAAACAAUUUGUUGCUAUUAUAAAAUAUUUGCACUGUAUUCUUGUAUGUACUAACAUUUAUUAUGGUAAAUUUACCAUAAAUUUUUCAUAUCUUUCCAUCUGGGUUUAGCUAUUUUAAGCCUAAAAAACAAUCCAUAUGGAUGUGCACUUUAGCUGGGGGCGGGGCUGGUUGUUCGUCAGCCGAUGAAUUACCAAUUUCAUUAUUUCGUCACUCGUUUUACUAAUACUAGUACUAGGAUUAUAAUUAUACGAUUCAACAGAAUCAGCCUCUGCAUUUGGAAUCAUAAAAUCACUAUCUGAAUCAUCAUCAGAGUAAUAUUUUCAACCUUUAUUAGAUCGAUCACCAGAUGAGUCAGGUCAAGAUUUCAUGUUUGUAAACAAAAAUAAAAUGGACAUUCAAAACAACCGCUUCAAACACUUCGUUCUAUGUAAAACCUCGUUCAAACACAGAAAAACCGGAUAUUUAUACAAAGGGAAAUCAUUCUAGAAUUGAUUUAAAAUAAUUAAAUACCAAUAACUAAGAAAAGAACAGAAAUAAACAGGUUUUUAUACAUCGAUGAUCCCAUCACCGAUACGCUAAAAUCUUCAUCUCAAAUCGACGAUGGGAGCGUUGUUCCGAAGAGAAAGAGUUAAAGAAAUGUUCCUGUCAUAUUAACUUUGUUCUGCUGCAACAUUUGUUUACCAUGAAAAGUUGCAUUCAUCUAUAUAUUAUGACAACUUUUUUUUCCUUCACUUUCUUUUUCACUGUAGGAUCUUGAGUUUAUGUCCCAAGAAGUUGUCAGACUCAGCAAGUUGUCGGCACAGCAAACCGCAGCAGACAUCCCGAAACCCACCCGCUUUAAGGAAGCAACACCACCAACUUCAUUAUCCCUGACAUCCACCUUCACCUCCCCCUCGCCAAACAACCCGGCCGGCAGCAACGAGAGAGAGAGCAGCGUAACCUCCGAUGACAACUUUGAGAUUGUUUCCAAGGCCCAGGCCAUGGAGUGUGAUGCUGAAGGUAGUUUGUUGGCAGAAAACGAAGAUUCCAGUUUGUGAUAUUUGUGUAGGUAACAGAUGGGGUUAGGUCAGGGUGCAAGUUUGUUGGUUCCUGUUGUUUUUUGUUUUGUUUUUUAUUUCCCCAUCACAUUGUUCUUGGAGAAUAUAUAUUUGUUUGGGUCUUGUUUGACUAAGCUCUACAAUGUAGUCCAGUCUCAUGAUGAGGCUAUUAGAUUUCUGCUGUAUGAUUUAAAGAUUGUGAGAUGGGAUGUGUGCUUGGUAUUGGUGGUGCAUCAUUGAAAGUCGUGCAAACAUCAACGUGUUACCCUGCCUUACAUUCUGAGUUACUGACAGUUUUGUCAGAUGAAGUUAUUUAAGAAGUCUUAGGACAGUGGUGCACAACCUUUUUUGGUAAGACUCUUUUAAAGAGUUCUUGAUAUUAUUUGACAAUGUGACUUUUAAACUGUCCCAGGUUAGGAUUUCAACCGCUGUUCCCUGGUUAUAAACAGUGUUUGAGAAGCUGAUUCUGGCACUUAUGUUGGAAAAUAUUUAUAUUCCUAUCAGUGAUGUAAGGUCAGAUAAGUCAUGCUUUUGACAACACAUGCAGCACAACAUGAAAAGACUUUACAAAAUAAUUGGAAUGAUAAGAUGUCAUCUCAAGUUUUCCUUGUAAGAGCUCAAGAGUGUUGCUCAGUUUUGUUUGAAAUUGGGUCACGUUUCAAUAACCGCUGUUGACCUCUGACCCUGCCCAUAAAUAAUUCAACACUGCUCAUGAUCAAAGUAAACAAUAAGGAAACCUCCUGGGAAAAAUCUCGUUAAUACUGAAAGACAACAUUGUAACAUAGGGGUGUUCCAUAUUUGUAUGUAAAAGUGACAACUUCAGUCAAUGGGUUAUAUGUGUAUAAUUCAAUUCCAAUAGAUAAAUGGCAGCGCACAAACUUGAUCUAUGACAUAUUAUGUCAAGUGAGUAUUAGGAUUAUUGGUUGGGGAUUGUGUCAAUGUUUUGAUGAAUGUGAAGAGCUUCAGCUUGUUUCGUCUCAUUUGAUCAAAUGUAAAAUACUCAACAAAGUUAUCACAAUGAAUUUAUGUGGACAUGAUUUUCCUACUUCUGGAUAUUUAAAUACAAAAAUGUCAGUUCUUAUUUAUCAAAACGCAUUCAUAUUUGUUAACAUUAUUUACAUUUUGCUUUCAAAGAGUAUAUAUUAUGUAAUGUCCUCUUUGUAAUUUAUUUGUGUGAUUCUAGUGGGUUAGCUUGGCUAUGCAACAAUUGGCUCAGUUGUUUGGGUUCAGUGCCAAAGGGGGUGUCAUUGUUAGCCUUAGUCAUCAUUGCUUUUGUUGAAAUGGCCAUCGGUAAAAUUCAUGCCUUUAUUUCUAAAAAUUGAAUGAAACAAAGAAUUUCACUAGAAUCGGUUAAAAGAAAUUAAUAUAUUUAUUUUUUUUAAAAUGAUUUUGAUUGGCACCCGGUAAUCUCAUUAAUGGUGCUGGAAAAUGUUUUACAGCUUGCACCACAGUCAUCUUUUUGAGAGAACCAAGAAGAUUCAGACUUCUGGUUAUCAGCUUAUCAGCAUGGACCUAAUUAAUAAUGACUUCAUAACAUGUAUAGUUCAUUAAUUGUUCCUCUUGAUGAAAUACCUCUGUAAAUGUGCCAAGAUUAUUUGAGCCAUAUAGACAUUGAUGUAAACCACUACUGGAUCAAAGACUCAAUCCAGGGUGCCGGCACUUGAAGGCUGUCUAUAACCAUCUCAACAGGGUGGUGUCAAAUAGUCCUGUUAAGAAUGUUCCGUGGAAUAUCUAGGAGGAAAAUUUGUUUUGUCUUUUUUGUUUGAUUACAUCAUGUGUGCCAUUUUAGUUUGUUCAAACAUAUGGUGCCUCUAUAUUGGAAAUCUUGGGAGGUAUAACUACCAUGUUCAACAUAAGAUGUUUGCUGUUAUUGAAGUUGAGUUAACAGAACUACAUGAAGGGACGAUGUUUAAUUUGGUGACAGCAUGUAGAGUGACAUCAAUGGAGGGUUGUCCCAACUGUAGUGUGGAGUACAAAGAUUUGGUGGUGUUUUUUUUACUCAGCAUGUCACCUUUCUCUAGUUGAUUGUCAUUGUUGUGUCUUGUACAUAUAAAUAAUGGCCUUAGGGGAAAGUAAGCAGACAUUAUUUGGAACUCAUAAGGGACGAAGUAAGCUUCUGUAAUGUUAGGUGUAUGCUAGGCAGUCCCUCAAAGUUGUGUAGUGAUAGAGUAAACAUACUGGUGACACCUCUGGUCAACAUUGAUGAUGGACAGAUUCUUAUUCAUGUUGCUCUUGGGCAGAAGUAAUAGUUGUUUUUCCUAUAAAAAGGGUGUUUAUCUGGUCAAGUGUCAGACAUUGAAAUUUAUCUCAAAACAUUUUACUGUUGAUUUUUUUAUGUUUGUAUUCGGGAGCUAUAGAUUGAUUGGAACAGUAGGAAGUCCUGGUCUAAGAUUUAAGUCAUCAUCUAAAAUCAAGUACGCUUAGAUCCAUAGUGCUUACUAAUCUCAUGCUGGACACAUUUAAUGUCUCAUAUAGAUAGAUAGAUAGAGACAGCCUCCAUGAGAUUUUAUAUUUAUCGGAAAACACAGGGAAAUGUAAUUGAUUCUGACUUAUUUUUUUGGUUUCAUGUUUGCACCUGACAGCUGAUUGAUGUGACCUGACCUAUUAUUUGUCAGAUGCUCUUUUAAACACUGUCUUUUGUUCUGAUUCAGUUUAUUAUUUUUUUUUCUACAUUUAAUUCCUACAGUUUCAUGGCAUUGUCAUAAAUUCCAUGGAUUUUGUUUUCUCUAAAAUUCCAACUACCCAAAGCAAUAUUUGCUGUUUCUGAUAUUGCCUUAUUUCCUUUGCACAUUAAAUAGACUUUUCAAGUAUUAAUGGCGCCAAACAUGUUUUCAAAUGUACGGGCCCCCAAAUAACUGAAUACUUUUUACUUUUAUUAAAGUGUGUUGCUAUGAAAAGCAUUAUUAUUAAGUUUGAAGAAAAAAAAUUUGGGGGUAGAGUGGUCAGGAGGACUUUGUUCCUAGAUGCUGACAUCAGGAUUUCAAAUGUGGCCAUCAUUUAGUUUUCUUUAGUUACUUUUAAUAGUCUUCAUUGCAUUUUUGUCUGUUUGUUACUGGUGAUUUCAUCAACAUAACUAAUAUAAUUCAAUGUCAUGAAAUCAGAAGAAAAUUUUAUACUGCUAAUUCGUGCCAUUGUGUAGGGUUUAUGAAAGGGAGUUGCGGCC